UCUCAUGGCUUUUUGGCUACCUCAUGCUUACCUGGCAGGCUUAGUGAAUGGGGUCGCAGACGCUUCCUCACGUACAUAAACCAACCAUUGUGGGUUGUGUGCAUGGACUACGUCACGGCUUCUCCUCUUACUCAGUGGGUGUGGUUGUUGGCUCUCAACUUCUAUAAAAUCUCUCUCACCCGAUCUACCUCAAUUGCAUACAAUGUUCGUGUGUUCAGAAUAUCCUGCCGGGAUCAGUCGGCAGACGCCCGGCUUUUCACCUCCAGAUCGGGCACACCGAAUUCCGGGCGACGUUUCCAUGAGUCCGCCAGAGCGAGCUGUCUCGAGGCGGAAAUCGAGGCGACCGGUCGUCCGGUCGUCGGUCGGUGCCACCAGACAAGUCAGCUCGGAACGGCCCAGACCCCGGCUCCGCCCCAUCCGCCCGUCCAGUUCGGGGCCACAUUCGCCCGCGUCAUCGAGUGGGUACAGUCUGUCUCCAUGGAGACGGCUGCCACUUGCCCCGGUUACUCUUCGCCCUGCUGCCCCAGUUGCCGAGACGGCGAGACUCCGGGCUGGCCGGGGCGUGGUGUGCGGCCGGUGCCAUCGAGGGUCGUGGCCGGCUGGGACUCGACAGUCGAGCCGAUGCGGGCUCGGCCCGAGGCCGUGGCGACGGCGGCCUGCGGCGCCAUCGAGGAGGGGACUCGAACGAGGCGCGGCCAUUCGGUACCGCCUCUGGGACCAGCGCCGCCGCCGCCUCCGGCGCUCGGGCGGGGUCCCGAGAUUGCGGACACGCCCGACGCGUCUGGAAGGCGGCGGCCGCCGGAGCCGGGUCCGGGUCCGGGUCCGGCGCACGAGCCGAGCCGGUGGCCGGUUCGAGUCCCGGCCUCGGGCGCCUCUCAGUGCGCUUGCUGCUGGUCGGCGCUCGGCGAGGCGGCCGGCGGAUGGCCCGACGGUGCUCCGCAGCCUGCUCGGGCCGCCCGACGCGUCUGGGAGGCGGCGGCUCGCGUGCCCGCAGACGGCAGCUCGGCGUCGUACCGGCCGACCGAGACGCCGGGAGACGGCGAGAAGCGUGUCUUCCCGCUGGCUGGCCAGAAGGAGGCCCUUCCGAUGAGGGGCCGGGGCCUCGGAGCGUCGGCGCUCCAAAGAGCCGCCGACUUCUUUUCACGCGCCUCGAACCCAGUCGACGCUGCCUCGGGCCAGUUCGAGGCCGGCCUCGAGCACCACUGCCUGCCCGGCUGCCCCGCGGACGCGGGACUCGGGCAGAUGGGCCCGCCUCGGCGACUGCUGCCGCCCCAGUUCAGCUCCACCAGCCCCAAUUGCGGCCUGCCCGGCCCAGUCCUGAUGGAGCCAAGCUUCUGCAUGCAGACGCCACCAUUCAACGGUCCAGAGCGCAUGGAGCAGAAAAAGGCUCCCGGAAAAAAGGUGACUUCAAUACGCCUACUCUCUCCUCCCACAUGA